AUGCCAGGUAACGAGUUUGGUCACCCGGAGUGGCUGGACUUCCCUCGAGAAGGCAACAAUGAGAGCUACCACUACGCCAGGCGCCAGUUUAACCUGUUGGAUUGUGACCACCUGCGCUACGGUCAACUCUACCGCUUUGACCGCGACAUGAACUGGACCGAAGACCAGUAUGGCUGGCUCGCUGGCUCCCAGGCUUUUGUCAGCGCCAAGCAUGAAGAGGACAAGGUCAUUGUGUUUGACAGGGCCCACGUGGUGUUCGUGUUCAACUUCCACCCUAGCAAGAGCUUCCAGGACUACAGAGUGGCCGUGGAAGUCCCAGGGAAAUACCAAAUCAAGCUGGAUUCUGAUAUGGAGAUGUACGGUGGGCACGGGCGCCUGGACCGCAGCACGGAGUUCUUCACCCAGCCGGAGCCUUUCAACGGACGCAACCAUUCCAUGAAGGUACUUACAUGCACCCUGUGA